AGGAUGGGGAGUUCGGAGACGCAGGAAGGGCCGGGAACCGCUCAGCACCCCGUCUGUCUCUUUCUCUUGCAGCCUGCAAGUACGCCUGCCACAGGACAUGUGAAGCCAAGUUGGUGAGUCCCCACUGUGCGCGAGCCCACCUGGAACAGGCUCUGCGGGCCCCCUCGCUGGCCACGUCUCUGUGCUGUGACAGACCGUGCAGGCCUGCGACGUGGAGCCCCACCAUGGAGGACGGCCGCGAGCUGGACCUCACCUACAUCAUCGAGCGCAUCAUCGCCAUGUCCUUCCCCGCCGGAUGCUCCGAGGAGUCCUACCUGCACAACCUGCAGGAGGUGACACGCAUGCUGAGGUCCAAGGACGGGGACAACUACCUGGUGUUAAACCUUUUGGAAAACAGAUGUGACCUGACAAAGCUUAACCCAAAGAUCCUGGACGUGGGCUGGCCUGAGCUGCACGCGCCACCCCUGGACAAGGUGUGCACCAUUUGUAAGGUGCAGGAGGCCUGGCUGAACAGCGACCCCCAGCACGUGGUCAUCAUUCACUGCAGGGGCUGGAAGGGACGCAUCAGAGUGGUCAUCUCAUCCUACAUGCACUUCACCAACAUCUCCGCCAGGUACGUUCAGUUUCUCAGCGGGCUCCUGUCAGGAACGGUGAAGAUGAACGCGUCACCCCUGUUCCUGCAUUUCGUCAUCCUGCACGGGACCCCGAACUUCGACACGGGUGGAGCCUGCCGGCCCUUUCUGAAGCUCUACCAGGCCAUGCAGCUGGUGUACACAUCGGGGAUCUACAACGUUGGCCCAGAAAACCAAGGCAGGGUCUGCAUCUCCGUGGAGCCGGCCCAGCUCCUGAAGGGGGACGUCAUGGUGAAGUGCUACCACAAGAGAUACCGCUUGGCCACCCGCGACGUCGUCUUCCGCCUGCAGUUCCACAUGGGCACCAUCCAGGGCUAUGGCCUCAUGUUUGGAAAGGAGGACCUGGACAAUGCCUGCAAAGUGCUGCACACGCAGGGCCCCGUCGAUGACAGCCUUUACGCCAAGGUGAGAAAGAAGAGCAGCUCGGACCCCGGCGUCCCUGGUGGGCCCCCGGCUGUCCCCGCCACCAGCAGCCCGAACCACAGCGACCACACCCUGUCCGUCAGCAGUGACUCCGGCCACUCCAUGGCCUCGGGGAGGACCGACAGGACCGAGGAGCACCCGGGCCCAGGACCCAAGAGGGGCCUGAGCCCCCAGGAGAAGGCUGAGCUGGACCAGCUGCUCAGCGGCUUUGGCCUGGAGGACCCUGGAAGCCCCCUGCAGGACAUGAGCGAUGGCCACAGCAAGUGCGGUGGGACCCACCACGUGGUGCCGGCCCAGGUGCACGUGAACGGGGACGCUGCCCCCAAGGACCGGGAGAUGGACAUUCUGGAUGACGAGAUGCCCGGCCACGACCUGUGCAACGUGGAGAGCACGGGGACGCUGUCCUCCUCAGAGGGCCACGCGUCCGCCCACUUGAGCCCCUUCGCCUGCCACCAGAGCAGCCAGAACUCGCUCCUGUCAGACGGGUUUGGCAGCAGCACCGGCGAGGACCAGCACGGAGCCCCUGCCCCCGACCUGGGCCUGGGCGGGGACCCCCUGUACGAGCGCGAGUGCGCCUUCUGGGGCCGCGAGCCCAGGCCACCACAGCCCGUGCUCAGGAAGCCCCCCGCGCCUGCCCCGACGCAGGCCUAUGGGCAGAGCGGCUACUCCACGCAGACCUGGGUGCGCCAGCAGCAGAUGGUGGCUGCCCACCAGUAUGGCUUCGCCCCCGACGGGGAGGCCAGGCUCGGCGGCCGCAGCCCGGCACAGACCCAGCCCAGGGUCCCGGUCACCCCGACCCAGGGGGCCAGCAGUCGAGUGGCCAUCCAGAGGGGCGUGGGCCCCGGGCCACAUCCCCCCGACACACAAAGACCCCCUCCCGGCAGAGUGGCCUUCAAGCCCAGGGCUCCGGACGUUAGUGUCGUGAAUGGCACCAUCCCGGAGCUGAGCGCAGACCCCUCCCCGGGCUCCCCAACCCUGGACAUCGACCAGUCCAUCGAGCAGCUGAACAGACUGAUCUUGGAGCUGGACCCCACCUUCGAGCCCAUCCCCACCCACAUGAGCGUGCCGGGCAGCCCGGCCAAUGGCCCCGCGCCCCCAGAUGGCGUGGGAGGUGGACUGCGGGCCAGCGGCCACCUGCAGGACAUUGGGGGAGGCCCUGGCAGGGGCCCCGCGAGACAAGGUGACGAGCCCCCGAGCGGAAGGUUCCAGAAGCUGAGCGUUGGGCAGUAUGACAAUAACACCGGGGGGCCCCCAGCCUUCUCCAAGUCCAAGUGCGGCUGGGGGAAGCCCACCAGCGCGGAACAGGCCCCAAGCCUGGUGUUCUUUCUCUCUCCAGCCAGCGCCAAGGAGACGGCGAUCCCCGCGUACCCCCAGGACCUGGACGGGGUCGACGGCAGGGUCUUCUCGCCCACUGGCAGUGGCAGUGAGACCCUGCCCCUCACGCCUGCGUUCCCCAUGUCUCCGGAGACGCCGUACGAACCAGGAGGCUGCCCUGAGAUUCUCGGUCACUCCGUGGGGAUGUCACAGAGCCCGGAUGGACCCACGCCCACAGUGUUCUGGGCCGACGUGCCCAUGGCGCCCUCCUUGCAGCGGGCCUUCUUGUCCUCCUGCACGGUGUCCGGCGGCAGCCCCAGCCAGUGGAGGGAGAGAAAGGGGGGCUCCUAUCAGGACUUGGCAUCACGCACAGAGCACGUGUGUGUCUGCUAGUGAAAUAUUUCUGUGUUUCUAAAUGCAAGGGAAUUUCUGAGAUGCUUAAUGCCGGCAUUUCCGAUUUUCAACAUGGAAAUCUCCUGUUCUUAUCGGUACCCCUUCAUCAGCUGGGUGUCCGGCAAGCACGUGAUGGAAACUGACUGCGCAGGCACCUCUGUCGGCAUCAGGGGGAGAGCGGGACAGGGGGGUUGAAGCAGACACGUGGUCGAUGCACGUGUGAUGGGACCAGAGGGAGUUCCCGCACACGUGGACGCAGUUCACCUUUGUCUUGAAGAAGAGAAGGGUCUUCCACGUGAGGGCUGAGGGAGGCGGAGGCAGGGCAGAUGUGGAGCCAGUCAGGGCUGCCCGGGGUCCCCAAGGCUGCACACUGUGCCUCUGGGGUGAAGGGUCGAGUGGGUUCCGGAAUGCAGACCCAAUACGCCCUUUAUAAAAGCAAAUAUUGUGUAGACCCCCUUCCCUUCCAAACGAGGCACUCUAUCUUCAACUAUAAUUUUUAAGUAAAUUUAAAUCAAUUUAGAAUAAUGGAAUAUAUGUUAUUGUACAUUCAUAAGUAUACUAUAUUCCUAUUCCUACACCCCGCUUAAUUAUAAUAAGUAAGUUAGGAUCAGGGAAAGCAAUAUGAGAAAUUAUCCCACACGGGAAGUUCAGGAAAAAUGAAAGAGCAAAGGCAGAGAUGGACUCUCAGCUACUAGCAGGCCAGUUUUAUCUGUAGACGAUCACAGACAAAGGGGGAAAAAUACUUAACUGGAGUAUGUAUAACAUGCUAAGAUAAAUGACAAUCUGUCAAUGUUGACCAAGAGUGAGGAAGUUUGAUAUUCUUGUGAAUGAGCUAUUUAUAAACGUACUUAUAAAACAAUUCAGUGCGUUAUGACACGAGUUAAGAGUGCCAAUGAAGUGCCCUGGAAACAUUUCAUCCCAGAGCCAGCCACAUGUCCAAAGAUGCAUUCAGUCUGUGGUGGGAAAGAAAAGUGGGCCGGGGGCUCCAGAUGAGGGGAGCCGUGUAGCAAGUUGGGGCAAGGACGCAGAUGCCAAAGCUGGGCCUGUC